CCGCGCCGUGGUUGGGCCGGAAGCGCACGCGCGGCAAAACUCGGCCCCGCCUCCUGCAGACUUUUACAACCGCCUGGCGGGAAGCUCUCCCGCCCGUUUUGCACCUCUCCUCAUUGACGGCGCCUCGGUCGACGCCCGUCUGGCGGGAGCCUCGGCGCGCGGGUUCCCAGCGAUCCGCCGUCGAUUGGCAGUGCCUGAGCGGCGCGCGCGGAGCUCGACUGGCGCUGCCUGCGGGGGCGGAGUCGCUGUCUCGGCCGCCGCCGCCACAGCCACCGCCGCCGCGGGCUUGGUGUGCGAGGAAGGGCCUAGGCCCGGGCCUGCUGUGGGGGGCUCGCCGCGCGCCUGGGCUCGCGUCCCGCCGUCCCCUCGGCCCCAGCUUCGCCCACUUCCGGACCCAGACGGGCUGGGCGCGGGGAAGACCUGCCGAAGCCAUGGAGGACGAGGUGGUCCGCAUUGCCAAGAAGAUGGACAAGAUGGUGCAGAAGAAGAACGCGGCUGGAGCAUUGGAUUUACUGAAGGAGCUUAAGAAUAUUCCCAUGACCCUGGAAUUAUUACAGUCCACAAGAAUUGGAAUGUCAGUGAAUGCUAUUCGCAAGCAGAGUACAGAUGAAGAAGUUACAUCUUUAGCAAAGUCUCUCAUCAAAUCCUGGAAAAAGUUAUUAGAUGGACCAUCAACAGAUAAAGACCCUGAAGAAAAGAAAAAAGAUACUGCAGUUACAUCACAGAAUAGCCCUGAAGCAAGAGAAGAAAGUAGUUCCAGUGGCAACAUAAGCAGCAGAAAGGAGGAGGCAAAUGCCCGAGAUACUUAUGUUUCGUCUUUCCCUCGGGCACCGAGCACUUCUGAUUCUGUGCGGUUGAAGUGUAGGGAGAUGCUUGCAGCCGCUCUCCGAACGGGAGAUGACUACGUCGCUAUUGGAGCUGAUGAGGAAGAAUUAGGAUCUCAAAUUGAGGAAGCUAUAUAUCAAGAAAUAAGGAAUACAGACAUGAAAUACAAAAAUAGAGUACGAAGUAGGAUAUCAAAUCUUAAAGAUGCUAAGAAUCCAAAUUUAAGGAAAAACGUACUGUGUGGAAAUAUUCCUCCUGACUUAUUUGCUAGGAUGACAGCAGAGGAAAUGGCUAGUGAUGAACUCAAAGAGAUGCGGAAAAACUUGACCAAAGAAGCCAUCAGAGAGCAUCAGAUGGCCAAGACGGGUGGAACCCAGACUGACUUAUUUACAUGUGGCAAAUGUAAAAAGAAGAAUUGUACUUACACACAGGUACAAACUCGUAGUGCUGAUGAACCAAUGACAACAUUUGUUGUCUGCAAUGAAUGUGGAAAUCGAUGGAAGUUCUGUUGAGUUGGAAGAAAUGGCAAAAUGCCUGGACCAUUAAAUGGAUUUUCUAAUUAGCUUUAAAACUAGGCCAUCUAGUUUUCCUGCAAAUCAGAUUUUUAAAGUAACGUACAUCCCUUGGGUUAGUCUUGGUUUUUGACAUAGCAUUCCUUCCUUAAAUGCCUUCUGUAGUAUCAGAUCAUUAGGGAGACCACAUAAUAAUUAUAUGGUAUCUGUUUCAAAACAUUUUUUUUUUCAUUUUUGUAGUAAGUUGAUAUUAAACUUUUGGCAGUUUAUUUUUACCUUUUUUUUUCCUUUUAAAAGGAAAACGUACCUUAACUUUUUUACAGUCCAAAACAUACACUGUAGAAAUGUUAUUCUUCUCAGUUAAUACAUAAAUGGAAAUUGCGUUUUUUCCCCAUAUUGGCACAUACCUGCAAAUAGCAAAGGAGAAGAAGAGGUAAUAUAAGUUUAUCAGAUGCGUGUGUAUUCAGAUAAUACUUGACCAGCUUAUCUAAAUUGUACAUAAUAUUUGAACUAGCCUAUGAGAUUGAACUUAAUUAUUAUGUUCACAAGUCUGGGAUAAUUAGAUAUUAUUUUGCAUUUGUAACUAACCGUGAUAAUCAUUUCUUGUAAUUUCUUGUACAUGUUUAUGACUUGUUCUUAAUAGAUUUUACUUUUGGAAACAUGACUUGACUUUGUUGAAAUCAGUUUGGUUUUGUUGUUUAUUUACCUGUUUGACUUUGUAGUGUAUUUUGGUUUUGCGGAACACUGUUGUAGUUGAGUAGGUUUUUCAAAAAUCCCGGCAAAGGCAAAGAAUGAAAUCUUCUGACCAUUUUCCCCUCAUAGGAAGACAUACCUGGGAAGAAAAUGUUAGUGUUUUAGUGCAGUAUAGUUACUGUAAACAGUUUAUGACUUGAUUUUGAUUUGGAAAUCUUUACUGACCAAGGAUUAAGUUUAAGGACUAUAUAUAUAAAUCAUUAAAGCUGUGGUCUUUCCAUAUGGAGGUUGAUAGAAAAUACUUUUGUCCUGAGUCCAAUUUCUCGACUCUUUUUCUGUCACACAAUGAAUGAGGUUGUUCAACAAACUGAAUAUAUGGGCUGUAAUGCAACUGGUUUUACAGUACAGAUCUUAGAAUUAAAUUUUUUUUAAGUGCGUACCGUUUGUUUUGUUAGGAAUAAGCAAAAAUGAUUUCCACGUAGAUUCCUUAGGGUACACUUGCUCUAGCACAUCUGAGAGGCCACUUUUACAAAGCCCCCAUUUUUAUCAUGCUAAAUCGAUAUUCUAUCAGACUCCUGUAGAAAGACUUCAGUAUAUGCUUUGCACUCCCCUUUGCUCCCUUUUCCCACUUUUUAAAUGCAAAUCAAUUUGAUGUAACACAGAAGACAACAUUAAAGGUCCAUGUUGGGGCCCCAUGUGUGAGCAUUGACCCACUGGUACUGUCCUAUCUCUACUUUGUCAGUUCUCAGAUUAACCUUUAUCACUUGAAAAAUAAAGUGCAUUUUUGGAAGAAUAAAACUAAAAUAGUACCACUUUUAAAUUAAGUGAUCCAUUUUUAAAUUUGUAAUCCAAUAAAGUUUCUUGUUAUUAAACAUGUA